AUACAGUAGUCACUUCUUCUCCUUUCCUGCCAGAGACUUUCGUUCCCAGCUCGAAAUUCCGAUCUCACUCUUCUCUCGGAAGGAAUGCUUGGGGGAAAAAAACGUAAUCGAGAAAGUACGGCGCAUGCGCCCACUGCCGCGGUCUGAACCGUGGAGGAGGCCGGCGGGUCCCCGGGCUCCUCCCGCCUUGCGCGUGCGCAGACGAUAAACCAACGCCCCAGUAUUGAGGCGCGGGUUUGGUGGCGCGUUUUAGCGAAGUUGCACGUGAAGGGCAGCAGUAGCUGGAGCCGGACCCAGCCAUGGCAGGCACAGGCAGCAGUUCGCCAUGGAGCAAGCAUCUGUUCAAAGUCAUCCUGAUGGUCCUAGUGGCCCUCAUCCUCCUCCACUCAGCGUCAUGCCAGUCCCAUCCAGACUUUGUGUCACCAGGCCAGCAGAAGAGGGAGGUCCCGGUUGAUCUCUUGAGCGAGAUAGGUCGAUCUGUGCGGGGAACACUGGAGGCCUGGAUCGGGCCAGAGACGGUGCACCUGGUUUCCGAGACCUUGUCUCAGGUGAUGUGGGCCAUCUCGUCAGCCAUCUCCGUGGCCUUCUUCGCCCUGUCUGGGAUCGCUGCACAGCUGCUGAGUGCCUUGGGGCUAGAUGGAGAUCAGCUCACCCAGGGCCUGAAGCUCAGCCCCAGCCAGGUCCAGACCUUCCUGCUGUGGGGAGCUGGGGCCCUGGUGGUCUAUUGGCUCCUGUCCUUGCUCCUCGGCUUGAUCUUGGCCUUGCUGGGGCGGAUCCUGUGGGGCCUGAAGCUUGUCCUCUUCCUGGCCGGCUUUGUGGCCCUGGUGCGGUCUGUGCCCGACCCUUCCACCCGGGCCUUGCUCCUCCUGGCCCUGCUGACCCUCUACGCCCUGCUGAGCCGGCUCCUUGGCACCCGGGCCUCAGCCCACCUGGAGGCCAAGGUGCGUGGGCUGGAGCGCCAGGUAGAGGAGCUGCGCUGGCGGCAGAGGCGAGCGGCCAAGGGGCCCCGGAGCGUGGAGGAGGAGUGAGAAGGCAAAGUGACAACGCCAGCCACCUUGGUUGUACCAAAGAGCUGUGCCGCUUCUGGGUCGCACAGCCCUCCUUCCAGCCCUCCUGCCCUUUUCUUGCCCUCUGACCCUUGAGAACCUUUAUCUCUGCGUCAGACCCCCUAGCUGAGACAGAGGAAGACCGGUCCCCCUGCUGGUCCUCUGUCUGGGGUUGGUUCUCUUAACCCUUCCUCUGCUCCCAGCCUGUCCCGGCCAGUGAGAGUCAGAGGGGCCUCCCCUCCAGCUUCUGCAUCUGCUCUCAGCGAACAAACAUCACUGCCAUCGGGCUCCCGCGACUCCGCUGCUGCCUUGCCUUCCUUGGAUGGUCUUGCUCUUCUGUCUUCCAGCUCCUCCUCUUGGAAGUCCUCAGUUCCCUUCCUGUUUGUCUCUCUCCAGCCCUGUUCUCCCACCAACCCCCAGUCCCUCAAGGCGUGCUCCUGUCCCCUUCAUUGCCCAGCCACGGGGAAGAGGCUUGGGAGCUGAGGGGAUGGGAGUGGGGGAAGUUCUCACGUGGGGCUGGGGCCGAGGAUGUACACUGAGUCCCUUACAAGUGCCUUAAUCCGAGCCAGCGGGGCCCUCCGCUUGCCCGCUCCUGUACUGAAUGUAGGAAGGUGCACUGUGGCUGCUUUGUGUCAAGAAGAGAGUGGUCCCUCUCAGAAGCUUGAUUCCCCUUCAGCAAAGCAAAAGAUGACCGCUUCCUAGGCUUGUGCUGGCAAGUAGGACCCCGCAGUGGCCAUCAGAUCCCCUGUGGGGGUUUCAGAGACCCUGAAGGAGGAAGGAGGACUCAUCUCCUUGUCUGCACAGCUCCAGGCGGUUCUCCACCAUCUCCCUCCCUCAGUACCACCAAGGAGUUGCUGAUCAGGACCCACCCCAGUGGCCUAGGAAGCACAAAGCAGACCCACCAGAAAUGCGCACACAGCUCUUUCCCUCCACUUGCUCUGCGGGGAGCAGGGGAGCCUGCCGGCUGACCCCUCUCCAUCAGGACUCUUAUUCUUCCUUUGAGGCUCUGGUGGAGGUGAAUGUCCUCUCUGCCAGGCCCAGCACAUGAUAUGAAGAAUAAACGCCCAGUGCUUACUGUUCAGGUUUGACAUGGAAUCACAGCUACGGUGAUAUAUAUUUUUAUCAGCGCUUGGUUGGUUUUAAAUAAAAUGCACGCUAUUUUAUUAUCUUGUUCUGUAUAAAAUGUAUUUACUCAAA